UGAUAUCUCAAUCUACCAAUGAGACUAGGUUAAAUUAUUGACAAAAGGGAGUGACUCAGUGAUCCCCGCUGUACUAUAAAAAUUCAAAUAUCAGCGGGCGUUGACCAUUUGACAGAUUUACUGAUCAGGAUGGAUUUUAUACCAAAUUUCAGUAUUGUAAUCAUAUUAGCGGUACUUUUAGUACAAACUGAUGGUGCUACCACAAACGUAACAACAGUAAAAACUACAGUACCUUCAACUGUAACGACAGUGAAAACAGUGAUGAGCAGUUCUUCAAAAACAGUAAGCUCGAAAGUAACAACGAAACAUGCGACAAAGGCGCCAAUAUCAUGUUUGACCGGAAGUUGUGUUGGUGAAGAAUGUUCAAAUAAUACAGUGACCGCUGCUUUCAAAAGUGCUAUAUGCUCAAAGAGGGUUUGCCUGACAUUAAAGACAGUGACUAAUGGAACGACUAGCCAAGAAUUCAAGUGUGCGGUCAAAGACUGUGCUUCUGACCAGAAAACUGCACCUAAAGGCACGACUGUGUCAUGCUGUGAAACGAAAGAUUGUAACAAACCUGUACUUGAGGAGAAUUCUGCUGCUUCAAGAAUAUUCAACACAUUCACAGCUAUAAUGACUGUCUUACUUCUUUACAUUCUAAUCUAGAAUCAUAAUUAAUUUUUAUAAGGCUAUAGCUGAUACGUAUAUAUUUAUUACGUCGUGAACUUAGGCGAAAAAAUCUCAGUGUAGUUUGCCUUAAGAUUACCAUUCAACUAGUUUGCUAAAGAUUAUCCUUCAUCUAGUUAUUCUGAAUAAAUACACUCACUUGAUAAUUUUAUUAUCUGCUUGCUGUAAAAUGUUUAAGAUGUUUAAUAUAUCGAGAAUGUUCAGUCCAUCACGUUUAGGCUAGCCAUAAAGGAUCCUUUUUUUCUCUCAGAUAUUAAAUAACAAUGUCAUGAUUGUGACAAUAAUGAUGCUUGUGAAUUGAUAAGGCCUGAUGAGUGGUGAGAACACAUAUGACGGCUAAAUGAUAUAAAACAAGCAUUUCUUGCAUGCUAAUUUCUUCAAAUAAACAAUCCUUUUUUCCAAUAA